AUGGUGGAAGGAACCCGCGCCGCCGUUACCACCAUGGAUCUGUCCUCCUCCUCCAUGGAUCUUCUCUCACCUCUAGAUGGGAAGGGGUGUGGGAGGGCCGCCGCACCCCAUGCCGGUGAAGGGGAUGACGCUCAACAUGUACCGUUGCUGGUGGAGGGGAAGCCACGCGCCGCCGGUUGGGGAAGAGGCCGGUCCGCGCCGUUGACGGGACGGCCGCCGCCGCCGCCAUCGGCCGCUGCUGGUGGCGUGGAUGAGGGCGCCGUGGCCGCCGUUGGGCAGGGAAGGGUGGACGAGGGCACCAACACCGGUGCCAUGGGGGAGGGCGCCGCCGGUGGAAGGGAAGAGAGCGGCAGCGGCGGCCCCCAGCCUCCCCAUGCGCUGCUGAGCACCAUCGCUCUGAGAUUUGGAUCUAGACAAAUGAGGAAGGCGAAAGAAAAAUAA